AUGAGUGUCUAUUGGGGUGUGAUCUCGAACAGACACCAAGAUUUCCAAGUGCGGCAGAGGUCUCUGACACAGACAGUGCCUACCACGAGCACCCACUCCCCGUGGCAUUUCGUCCAGCGAAGAGACCUGAAACCCGGAAAUGGCAUCGAGGAGGCCGCUGCAUACUUCCGCACCGAGCUCAUCCAAGCCGUCGAGGAGAAGGAGUGGUAUGUGUUUGGCUAUUUCCCGAAGACUGGUGGCUGGAGGAAGUACUACGCCAGUGUCCCAGUGGCGCUGGUGCUGAAGUGUAGGCUCGAUGUAUCUCAGAAGAGAUGGCUGGCCUGUAAGGGCUUGAUACAGAAACAACCGAAGGACACUCUCUGA